AUGUCAGGUCGCGUUCGAAAGACAAAGUCGCACUUGACUGUAAUAAAAGAUCGUGAGAAAGCUGCGCUUAUUGAAUACGUGGAGUCCCGAUCGAUUGCUAGCGACAUGCCUUGCACUCGUUGUUUCCGUGCAAAGGUCCCGUGUCGUUUUGGCGAGAAGUCUACACGCUGUAGGACUUGCAUCGAGGCGAAGAAACCUUGUGACGGCGUCCUCGUGGCGUCUACUCUUCAGAAGUUGAACUCUCAGCAAAAGGAGUAG